AUGGCGCCAAACGCAUCUGACCCGAAAGACCUGAAGCUAGUCCUAAACCUCGCCCGUCGCCGUGCGCUGUCUACUCUCAUAGACAAGAUCAUCUCACAUAUGCGCUCCAAGAUAGAAGCUUCAUUCAAUGGCCCGCAGGCCGAAUCAGCAGCGCCCCUUUUCCUCGGAGGCAACAGCAGAAGCAGCUCUAGCGAUAACACAUCGACAUCACCACAGCCCUCUCCAUCCCCCGAUCCAGGAGCCGAAGCGCGCCAGAAACGUCUAGCGGCUUGCUUAGAGAAACCGUUGUCGACUCCUAAGCUGCGGGAACUCCAGAGGGAUGCUCUCUCGUACUUGGACAAUUGGGCUCGGGAAGUAGGAGCGGUGCUCGGGAAGGCUUCUGGUGGGCCGGAAGAUGCCAGGUCGGAGCAGAGGAGACGGGACUACUGGCUGGCAGCGAGAAACCCUGCACCAACUCCGCAUUCAUCUGUGGUGUCUCCGCCUCCUGGCGUCAAAGACGUAGCGGCAGAAGUCGAGGCUGACGCAAGAAGAAGGAAAGAGGCGCAGGACGUUCUACGGUUGCAGUCCCGAUAUCACCCAGUCCCGACUCGACUGGGCACCAUUUCGAAGGAGGAGAGGGUUUGUGUUGUCAGCUGCGUGGUUCUGCUCUUGCUGAGUCUGGGCCAUUACUCGGCACACUCGAGGGUGUUGCUGUGCUAUCUCACCAGCGCGUUAGCGUUACCGCUGAGCGUCCUUAUGAAGGAGGAGACGGAGGUUGCACAGACGCUUCUGCUGGCCUCCAAAGCCCUGACAGCUGAUGCGGAGACGCAGAAGCGACGAGCUGAAAACGCUUCGUCGAGGAGAUGGAAGGUUGGCUUGGCGUCCAUUGCUGGAGCCGCGGUCAUCGGCAUCACCGGUGGGCUGGCAGCUCCGGCUGUAGCCGGGGCCAUCGGCGGUAUCAUGGGGGGCGUUGGGCUGGGUGGUGUUGCCUCGUUCUUCGGGAUUUUUGCUAUGAAUGGGGCUUUGGUUGGGAGCUUGUUCGGCGCAUUUGGGGGCAAGAUGACUGGCGAGAUGGUUGACGCUUACGCGAAAGAGGUAUCGGACUUCAGGUUCCUGCCUCUUGCUUCUGAAUGGGGUGAGCACGGGACGAAAGAGGAGGCACAGACGGAAGGGAGGAGACUUCGCGUCACAAUCGGCAUCAACGGAUGGCUCAACAACAGAGACGACGUCCUCAAACCCUGGAGAGUCCUCGGGAGAGAAAGCGAGGUUUUUGCCCUCCAGUAUGAGAUGGAAGCCUUGAUCGCGUUGGGCACGAGCUUGGACGACAUGGUCUCCUCCUACGCAUGGUCUUACAUAAAGAUGGACAUUCUGAAACGGACGGUCCUGGCCACGCUCUGGUCGGCUCUUUGGCCUGUCUAUCUCCUGAAGAUGGCGACUAGCAUCGACAACCCUUUUGCCGUAGCAAGGAGCAGAAGUGAGAAAGCUGGGGAGGUACUCGCCGACGCGCUCAUCAACAAGGCUCAAGGGGAACGGCCCGUGACACUCGUCGGCUACUCUCUGGGCUCCAGGGUCAUAUAUUCGUGUUUGAGAAGUCUGGCCGACAGGAAAGCUUUUGGCCUGAUUGAGGAUGUGGUCUUUAUCGGGAGUCCGGUGCCGAGCAGUAGUAACAGCUGGCGUGUGAUGCGUAGUGUCGUCUCUGGCAAGCUCAUCAACGUAUACUCCGAGAACGACUAUAUCCUCGCUUUCCUCUACCGAGCGACGAGCAUCCAGUUCGGCAUUGCCGGUCUACAGGAUAUUGGCGACGUCGAAGGCGUCGACAAUUUGAACCUCAGCAAGGAAGUCAGCGGCCACUUGCGAUAUCCAGAACUGAUCGGUAAGAUUCUGAAGAAGAGCGGCUUCGAAGGGAUCCUUGUCGAGGAUACAGUCAUCGAGGGCGACGUCGCAGAGAUCCAACUGUUAGAUGUUGAGAUGGGGGUACUGAAUGUGCAGGAUGGCGACCAAAAAGGAGAAGGAGGGUAUGAGACAGAUCUGCUUUGUCUAAUGGACAGCGAGCCGCCAACUGCCGAACUCGAGGCGGGGACAAGUUACGCAGAUAGAGACAGACGAGAUCCAGCACAGGGAUUCGAUCCAAGGUCGAGUAGAGCACUGGACACGGAAAGGGUUGGUGGAAGUAGUAUUCGUCACGGGCUCGAGGAUCUGACCAUGGGACUUGCUGAUCUGGACAUCACGAACCCCAACGUGGAGAGGGGAAGCGAGCCUCCCCAGCUCUCCCCAGCGCAAACCCACCCUCCCGGAAUCUCUCAAGUCAAUCUCAAUCAGCAAGAGCAAGAGCAAUAUAUCGAGGCUGGUCGUGAGCGUGGCCGUGGCGUAGUGGACACCACACAAGGUCUCUCGGGGGUUGACUUCACCGACCGCCAACACGAUCAUAGGGAGUACGCAUCUGAUAGCAGCGGCUCCCAAAUGAUCGAUAACGACUCUGACGACGAUUGCGGCUUGACGGUCGUUGACCAUAUGCCAAUUCCAGAUGAUGAGCAGUGA